AUGGCCGCCCCGACCAGCGCCUGCCUGCUGCUCGCCCUGCUGGCUCCCCUGUGCGCCACGCGGUCUGCCCAGAAACUGGGGCUGGACGAUGGCGGCGGCAGCGGAGACGGGGAGGGGGCUCCCUCCACCCCCCUGCUGGCCAGCGUGACGCCGGGUGCGGGCCCCACCUCGGGCGACAUCCUCGUGGGCGCGGCGAACAGCACGUCGACCAGCUUCAGCAUCCUGGACGGGAUCGUGGACUUCUUUCAGAAGUACAUGCUCCUGGUCAUCGUGGUCGGCUCCUUGGCCUUCAUCUUCCUCUUCAUCGUCUGCGCAGCCGUCAUCGUCCGGCAGAAGCACAAGGCCUCCGCCUACUACCCGUCAUCCUUCCCCAAGAAGAAGUACGUGGACCAGCAUGACAAGUCGGGCGGCGCCAAGGCCUUCAGCGAGGUCCCGGAGAAGCCCACCGACUCCCGCCGGGAGGAGCCGGUCGAUUCCACCAAGCAGCUGCAGGCCGACAUCCUAGCGGCCGCCCAGAACCUCAGGUCCCCCGCCAAGGCGGCCGUGGCGAACGGGGAGAGCGCCAAGAUGGAGGACCGGCCAGCGCAGGGCGCGGAGGAGGGGGCCGCACAGGCACAAGCCGCGGGGGUGGGCGAGGAGGAGGCGGAAGCGGCUUCGGGAGAGCCGGGCUGCCCGCCGGAGGAGGACGCGGCGCUUCCCUCGGAGACGGCGGCUGCACCUGACCCCGCAGAGGCCGAGAGACCAGAGGAUGCUCCUCCCGCGGAGGAGGGUCGACAGGUGGAGGAGAGCAGCCCGUCUUGUCCGGAAGAGCCCCAGGAGCCCCUCGGGACCGAUCCUACCGUGGCGCCGAUCUCGGGGAGUGAGAAGGAAGAGUCGUGUCCCCUGCCCUCCCCUGAGGUUUGCGUUCCGGAGGACUAG